GCAAAGAGAAAAUGCAGCUACAUUUUCUACUGAGCAUUAAUAUAAGGUUUAGUGUUUGCUUAUUGUUCAGAAAAACUUAGUUUUGAAAAUGGUAGAUGCUUUCUGUGGCACAUGGAAACUGGUCAACAGUGAGAACUUUGAUGAGUAUAUGAAAGCUCUAGGUGUUGGGUUUGCAGUAAGACAAGUUGGAAAUGUGACUAAGCCGACCCUCGUCAUCUUGAAAGAGGGGGAUAAAGUGGUAAUAAAAACACAGAGUACUUUCAAGAACACUGAAAUCUCAUUCAAACUGGGCGAGGAGUUUGAUGAGACCACUGCAGAUGACCGACACUGUAAAUCCACGGUGGUAAUGGAUGGAGACCAGCUUGUUCAUGUGCAGAAGUGGGAUGGAAAAGAGACCACCCUUGUCCGGGAGAUCAAGGACGGGAAGAUGGUGAUGAAACUCACCUUUGGGGACGUGGUGGCUGUUCGCACCUAUGAAAAGGCAUAAGUUUGGGGAUUAAUAUCAGGAUUUGUUCUUCUUCACUGGGCAGCAACUGAUGUGAUGUGCUUUGAUGCCCUACUGAAAACACAACUUGCACUUCGUUCCUUCAAAUCUAUGAAAGAAUGGACUACAAAUAUUUUUGAUCAUUUUUAAAAAAUAUGUUUCAGUCAGUAUGAAUCAUUUAAUAAAUAACCAGUCAAAAA